CGCGGGGCGUGUCGGGUGCGCCUGCGUGCUGCUACCGCCUCUUGGUGUCUACUAGACGGGUCGACGACCUGGUCGGGUGAGACCGGCCACCACCCACGACAAACCGUGCAGCCGUCACCCUGGAGAGCGGACUUUGACCGGUCAGCACCGGCUCUGGUCCAUAGCACGAGCGGCUGGAGGAAAGGCCUGUGGCCUGUCUUCUUGGCGACCGGUUACUGAGAAGGUGGUGGUGAGCUGCUUUCUUGAACUGCUGCAGUCCACAUGCUGAGGGUUGACCCACAAUGCCAUUAGGAGGAAAUUGCAGAAUUUUGACCCAGUGACAGUGAAGGAGCAGCAGUAUGUUUCCAGGUUAGGAUGCCCUAAUGAGUGCAAGAUGACAUGCUGUUUAUCAACCUUUAAGUUGUACUACCAUCAAAUGUUUGGGAACACUUUUUCUGCUGUGGAUAUCUCAUUUCAUUGGAUGGUGGAUGAACUGAAAUUUUCAAGACUGAAAUGGAUUUGUUUUAAUUAAGAAAGAGAUGUGAAUCAAAGGCAACCCUUCUGGGAAGUUGUCGGAAAUGUCCAUGGUUCUAUUUGCUUCUGUCGUGCGUAUCAGAGAUGGCCUCCCACUUUCUGCUUCCACAGACUUUGAACACAACAAAGGAGUACAGGAAGUCAAGAAACAUCUUAAAGUGCUUUCAAAAAAGCUAAGCCAUCUGCCUGACCGAUGCACCCUAAAAGGUGUACAGUACAAUAUACAUUUUAUAAGCUCAUUGGGACUGGGGUAUUUGAUGAUCUGUUCUGAGAAUUACCCAAAUGUCCUUGCUUUCUGUUUCUUGGAUGAAUUGCAACGAGAAUUCAUAACGUUGUACGACACAAUGAGGAUAAACAUUGCUGUCAGGCCAUACUCCUUCAUAGAAUUUGAUAAUUUUAUCCAGAAGACCAAGCAGCGGUACAAUAACCCUCGGUCUCUAUCAACAAAAAUAAACCUGGCUGACAUGCAGACAGAGAUCAAGUUGAGGCCGUCCCAUCAGCUAACUAUGCUAGAUGUUGGAACAGUGAAUGGAAACGUGCAUGCACAUUCUGCCCCUUACAAGGGGAUAGCUCCAAAUCAGAGGCUGGAACCAGUAACUCUACCAGGAAUCAUAUCUUGUUUUCUAUGUUUACUGUGUGCAGCUUUAAAUCUAAUCCGCGGGUUUCAUGCAAUGGAAAAUGUGUUUCAGGAUGAUGAGGAGGAAUUCAACAACAUUGCUGUCUUCUUCAUUGGUACUGCUGCAUGUUUGUAUCAGUGUUACCUUCUAGCAUGUUACAGCGGACGGAGGAAUUUGAAAUCUUUUCUGAUGUUUGGUUUAGUCUGCCUGUGCAAUCUGUACCUGCAUGAACUUCGCAACACCUGGCAAAUUCUGUUUCACGUCACAGUGGCUGCAUUUGCUACUCUGCAGACAUGGAUGAGGCAGCCACAGGGAAAGGCACCAGACUAUAACGUGUGACAGUCUGUGACUGCGGGAAGCAGCUGUUUCAAGAGAUUUAUGAUUCCACAGGAAGCACAUGAUAAUGUGGAACAAAUAAUUAGCUUCUUUAUACAAAAAAAGGGACAAGAAAUGGGCCAAAUGGGGGAAAAUAUAUUUGAAUUCUUCAGAAUUGUUGUGACAAACUGAGUGCUGCAAAUCGAAAUUGUGAGGACGAAUUUCCGCUGUCAGCCCAUUCAUGUUCUCAUUGUUGCAAUCUAUGUAUAAAUAGUGACCUGUUUCAGCAUGAAGCUAGAAAAUUGUGGAUAUUAUGUUAAUUCAGUCCAGACAAAGAGCUACUGUGAAACUUCACCUUUCCUUAUACUGAAAUUUAUUUCCAUUCUAUUUUUCCUUUCAGAAGACAUUUAUCAGGGUGUGGCUCUGUUGCCCCUGGCACCUUUGUCGCCUUAACCUUAAUUAAGCAGCCAUUCUUUGUGUGUGUGUGCGUGAGAGAGACGGUCCUGUAAGUGUUACUUUAGAAAGUUGUUCUUUAUGUCCUCCGCUACAGAUGCUAACGCAUAACGAGAGACUGCAGCAUCCUCUGCGGAUGCUGACUCUCUGUUGAGGUGUCUUUGUCCAUUGAAGCUCAUGAUAGGUCCCCAUGCUAACAUUGGCAUGCCCCAGCUGCUAUUAUCCCUCACCCACCCACCAUUUUCCAGCCAACUACCAAGUCCAUUCCUCUUUUUUUUUAAACUUGCUUUCUUUAGUUCUGACCCUUCCUGAAUGUUCCCUAAAUCCACAGUCAGGUAGACCUACUGUCAGGCCUCCUUAUCAGUGCCAGUUUGGAAGGCUGAGAACAUGUGCUUAUUGCACCUCUCAGUUUUUGUUUUGCAUUGACAUGCACUUAAGAUUCUAGCCUUUGUUUCAGGACUUGCCUUUCUGAGUUCAAGAUUUUAAACUUGUGAGCAAUCGCAGAAACAAACCUGCUGUCUCCAGCCCAUGGCACAAUCCCUUCCUACACCUGCACACAGCGCCUCUGUUACUUGUCAGGUUCAAGGUUCGUUCAAUCAGAUUUUGAUAGUUUUGGGAGAGAAUUGGGCUCUUUUGGGAAACAUAUCAUAUAUGCAAAUGUCUGUAUACAGUGUGUGAACAUGUUCCAAACUUUUGUAGAAAAUUGUUAAGAAAUAAAAUAUCUAAGAUAUAUAUUUAGAGAAACUAGUAAUCACCAGAUGUUUUCUCCAGUAAAAAUACAUUGAAGCUAUCUUAUAUACUUGAUGAAGGCUGCAGUAUGGUAAUUCUGAUUAAAUAGCAGUUCUUUUAAAAAAAAAUGAACAAUG